GAACGCCAUACCAUACCGGUGACAAUUACAAAGAAUUAAUCUCAGUCAAAACUCCAUUAGUGUCAUUUAAUCACCUCAAAUCUGAGGAUUAGUUUCAUCAUCUUCUUCUCCAGAAAGUUCAUAAAAAGCUUAAUCGAAUAAUCGAAUAUAUAUCUUGCUUUUUCUCUUAAAAACUACUAAUACGAAUCGUAAUCAUCAUCAUCAUCAUCGUAUAUAUGUAUAUAUAUACAUGUAAUGGUUUAUUACGGUAUAGCGGUGGUAGCAAUGGCCAAACCCUCGGUUUUCAGGGCGGAGCAACCCAUGGCUCCUGACAUCUCCGCCGACCGUACUAUUUCUCACGGCGGUGGCUCCUCCUUUCGCCGCCGUGAUAUCGUCUUCGUCGUCAAUCCCCGAGGUGCUAGUGGUCGGACGGGGAAGGAAUGGAAGACUCUACUGCCGUAUCUGAGGUCUCGGCUUGGUUCGGAGUGUAAUAUAUCCGAAUCUUUGACUUCAGGUCCUUGUCAUGCAAUUGACAUAACAAGGGAGGCUAUACGUGAAGGUGCUGAUGCGGUGAUUGCUGUUGGGGGUGAUGGAACUCUUCAUGAGGUUGUUAAUGGCUUCUUCUGGGGAGGGAAACAUGUUUCUAAUCAUGAUACAAUGGCUACCCAUACAACUGCACUUGGUCUUAUUCCCUUGGGGACUGGAUCUGAUUUUGCCAGAACAUUUGGCUGGAAAAAUGAUACUCAUGAAGCCAUCGAACGCAUAGCUAGAGGGCUGAGAUCUCGGAUUGACAUUGGAGUAAUUGUUGGUGGAAGUGGAGAAUCACACUACUUCCUAAAUGUUGCUGAUAUUCAUUUGAGUGCAAAGGCAGGUUAUUUCGCAUCUAGAUACAAGAGGUUUGGAAACUUAUGUUACGUUAUUGGUGCUUUGCAAGCCUUUUUUGGGCACCAUAACCAGGACCUUAAGAUCAAGGUCAAUGAGGGUGAAUGGGAAGUAUGUUCUAAGGUGACAGCUCUGUGCAUUGGAAAUGCAAAAUUCUUUGGUGGUGGCAUGAAGAUUACUCCAAAUGCAGACCCAUCAAAUGGAAAUUUUGAGGUGGUGAUUCUUCAGGACUUCAAAUGGUACGACUUUAUUCUUAAGCUGCAUAAGCUGUACAAUGGGACACAUUUAUCAGUCAAAAAUGUAUUUUCAAGAAGUGCACAUUCCAUUGAAGUUGAGGAGAUUGGAGGCAGCAGCAGCAACAACAGCAUUUACGUGCAGUCUGAUGGUGAAUUUCUAGGGUUUCUUCCUAGGAAAUUUUUUAUUUUACCUGCUGCCAUUGAGAUGAUACAAUGACGUGAACAUAAAAGACAUUCAAAUUUAAAUUCAUGCGCCUGUUUGUUUUUGCUUCAGACUGAUGCAUUUGGCUCAGCGGUUGAACAGCAUAAUAAUGAGAGAAAGGGAGAGAGAACAUUAUAAGGCAAGAGGGGAAAUGUAACUUAUGAAAUGUAUGUAAUUUGUGAAAUGUAACGAACAUGUAUGCUCUUUUUGUCUUUUUAUUUUUUAUUUUUUUCUUCUUUUCCUGCAAUUAUUUUGUUUUGUGGAUUAUAUUGUUGAAUCAUGAACAGAAACAACUGUAAACAAUGAAAUGUUUUCUUUGUGAUGAAUUACUACUA